UUAUUUGUUACCGCUUUUUUAAAAAAGAAAUAGGAAAAAAAUGUCACUCCUCCUUCGGAACCCACUUCCGCCAUCACUGUUCCAUUUCAUUCCCUCCAUUAACAACCCUUCUUCAUUCCAAUCACAAGCUAUGGCUUCAUUCUCUUCGUCUUCUUCACCUUCUACGCCUUCCAGUUCCACUGAACAACAAAAACAACAACAAAAUCAAAACCUCGACCAAAACAAACUCUCUCACGUGCUCAAAUACCACAACCAAACCAAGCACCACUUCAACCGCUACGCCAGGGGCCCACAUGGGCUUGAUUGGGCCAACCAGCCCAACCCAUUUCGCAGGUACCUCUCUUCCCCUCUCCUCCCCCUCCUCCAUUUCCCCACUGAUGAUAACAAUGCUGAUGAUGAUGCAAAUGCACCCCUUUACAAUUCACUCUUCCAUUCUCUCCCUUCUCCACAACCCAUUUCCAAAACCACCAUCUCAAAGUUCCUCUAUGAUUCUCUUGCUCUCUCGGCAUGGAAAACCACGGGCUUUUCAACUUGGUCCUUAAGGGUUAAUCCGAGUAGUGGGAAUCUUCACCCAACUGAGGCUUAUGUUAUUGCACCUAACUCCAUUGAAUCACUUUUUGACACACCAUGUGUUUGUCAUUAUGCCCCAAAGGAACAUGCUUUGGAGGUAAGGGCCAAAAUCCCACCUGAGUUUUUCAAAAAGUUCUUUCCUUUGAACUCUUUCCUUGUUGGGUUGUCUUCGAUUUUCUGGCGUGAGGCUUGGAAGUACGGGGAGCGUGCUUUCAGGUACUGUAAUCAUGAUGUUGGACAUGCUGUUGGUGCUGUUGCUAUGGCUGCUGCUGGUCUUGGUUGGGAUGUGAAGAUUCUUGAUGGUUUAGGGUGUGAGGAAUUGAAGUACCUUAUGGGGCUCCAUGUCUUUCCUGAGUUUGAGGUUCCAUCACGUGCUGUUAUGGGGAAGUUCCCUGAGAUUGAGUUUGAGCACCCUGAUUGUGUUAUGCUUGUUUAUCCAAGUGGGAGUCAAGGUUUUGAUUUGGAUUACAAGGAGUUGAGUAAUGCUAUAUUGGAGUCUUUUCCGGAAUUGGAAUGGAAAGGGAAGCCGAAUUCCCUUAGCAAGGAGCAUGUGUGCUGGGAUAUUAUAUAUAGAACUUCUGAGAUUGUGAAGAAGCCUUUGACUUCAGGGGAUAGGUUCUUGGUUGAUCCAUUUCAGAGUAGUGGCAGUUAUAGUGAGGGUUCUUACAAGGGAUAUAGUGUGAGGCAAGUGGUUAGGAAGCGAAGGAGCGCUGUUGAUAUGGAUGGAGUUACAGGAAUUCAGAGGGAUACAUUUUAUCAGAUAAUGUCACAUUGCCUUCCUUCAGGUUGCCAACCUGGAGGAAAGCAAAGGAGGCAGCUCGCGCUGCCAUAUCGUGUACUUCCAUGGGAUGCCGAGGUGCAUGCUGCUUUGUUUGUUCAUAGAGUAGUGGAUUUGCCUCAGGGCUUGUAUUUCCUGGUCAGGAAUGAGGAUCAUUUGGGUGAGUUGAAGAAAGCUAUGCGUCCCGAUUUUGUCUGGGCCAAACCAGAGGGCUGUCCCAGUGAGCUUCCUUUGUAUGAACUCCUGAGAUUUGAUUGUCAGCGGCUUGCCAAGCAGCUCUCGUGCCAUCAGGAGAUUGCAAGUGAUGGUUGCUUCAGCCUUGGUAUGUUGGCUCGGUUAGAGCCUACAUUGCGUGAGAAGAAUGUAUGGAUGUAUCCUCGUUUAUUUUGGGAGACUGGAGUCCUUGGACAGGUAUUGUACCUUGAAGCACAUGCUGUUGGAAUCUCAGCAACUGGAAUUGGUUGUUUCUUUGAUGACCCUGUGCAUCAGUUGCUUGGGUUUGAAGGGUCAACUUACCAAAGCCUCUAUCAUUUUACUGUUGGAGGUCCCGUCUUAGAUAAGCGCAUAAUGAGUCUACCAGCAUAUCCAGGCCCCAAUGUUGAUGCUUGAGUCUCGUAAUGACUUUCCAAAUUACAAUUCCAUGAAGAGCUGCACAACAAAUGAAUAUCAGGACUGAAUUCUCACGAUUGGAAAAUUACCUUGACUAUGCAAGCUGCGAACUUCCACCAUUGUUUGAAUAAUCUCGUGGAUCCAUCUUAGAGCCAACCAUAUCAAUUAAUGGUAGAAAUUCAUUCAUGACAUGGUCAAGUUGGCUUUCCAUUUGAGGCUCUGUCCCCAAUGAAUAUAUCUUGCUCUUGCAUGACACAACUUAGAUUGUUACAACACCUUUGUAUAUGUUAAGUCCUCAUUGUCAAUAAUCUUUGGACAUACACAUUAACAUACACAAGUUUUGUAUAGUGAUUUGAAUUAGUUAUAUUUGGUGUUGCCAAAAUGUAAUGACAAAUAAGGGUAAAUCAUAGCACUUACCCCUGAGCCUUAUUUUGAGUUAUAAUUUCUAGCACUCAGAUAAGGCUGCUUGCAUGUUAUUGUUCUAAUAUAAUUAAUACUACCUAGUGUUUGACUAGUUAGUUA